AUGGAGAUCUUUGUGAAGAUGCUCACCGGCAAAACCAUCGUUGUGGAGGUGGAGUCCUCUGACACAAUUGAGAAGGUCAAGGCAAAGAUCGAGGAGAAGGAUGGCAUCCCCCCAGACAUGCAGAGGCUCAUCUUUCAUUCAAAUGAGCUCAAGGAUGAGCACACGGUGGGCUGUUACGGUAUCAAGGACAAGUCCAGCGUGCAUCUUGUUCUGCGUCAUGGUGGCAACUGCGACAUGUUCGUGUACGUGAAGGUGCUCGCCGGCGGCGAUGCCAUCACCCUGGAGGUGGAGCCGUCGGACACGGUCGGCGACGUGAGGGAGAAGGUCCGCAGCCACCAGAGGCUUCUCUUCGCCGGCACGCGUCUCGAGGAUGGACGGAGAAUCGGAGACUACAGAUUCCAGUAUGAGCGCAGCACCCCCACCCUGCACCUGGACUUUGGCGUCCAGAUGCAGGUCCACGUGAGGACCGCUACCGGCAAGACCAUCACCAUGGAUGUGGAGCCAUCCGACACGGUCCGCAACGUGAAGGCCAAGAUCCAUGACCGGCAGAGGAUCAUCUUUGAAGGCAAGCCGCUACACGGCUGCGUCAGCCUCGCCAAUCACAACGUCCACAAGGAGUCCACCCUGCACCUCGACCUCUCCCCGAGGUAUCAUGGCGGCGGCGGCGGCGGCAGCAGGAUGCAGGUCUUCGUGAAGGCGCUCUCCGGCAAGACGAUCAAGCUCAAGGUGAAGCCAUCUUACACGAUCGGCGAAGUGAAGGCGAUGGUUCAGAACCAGCAGAGGCUCUUCUUCGGUGGCAACCAGCAGCUUCAGGACGGGCGGACGCUCGCCGACUACGAUGUUCAGAGGGAGUCCACCCUGCUGCUUGAUCUUGGCAUGCGCGUUUCCGUGAGCAGCUUCACUGGCCCGCAGACCAUCACGCUGGUGGUGGCGCCAGAUGACACGGCUGAUGAUGUGAAGGAGAGGAUUCGGGGCCCGCAGACUCUCGUCUUCGACGGCAGAGAGCUUGAGGAUGGGCAGACACUUGCUGAGGCCCAUGUCAAGAGAGAUUCCACGCUGCACCUGACCUCUGCCUGCACGGUGGCAGUGCAGAUCUUGGUGAAGUCGUCGUACAUCAAGAUCAUCCGGGCACCUCGAGGCGCAGAAUUAAGGAUGAAGCUGUAG